AGUGCAGUACACAGCAGCAGCAACAGUGUGGUGCUCUGGGUCUCCAGCUCUGCCUGGCAGACGAGUCUCCAGCUCGCUGAACAUCUGCAAGACAAAUUUUUCAUGUUCUUCUGUAAAUGAAAGCUACCUGACUGCACCAGGAAAAUGGGCACAGGGGAUUAUCUCUGCAUUGCUAUGAGUGGAGGGGCACCUUGGGGCUUUAGAUUGCAAGGUGGCAAGGAGCAAAAGCAGCCUUUGCAAAUCGCCAAGGUUCGCAGCAAGAGCAAAGCAGCUAAGGCUGGACUGUGUGAGGGAGAUGAGGUGGUGUCUAUCAAUGGCAAGCCUUGUGGAGACUUAACGUAUGCUGAAGUUAUCGUUCUGAUGGAAAGCUUGACUGAUGCCCUGCAGAUGCUUAUCAAGAGAUCCUCCAAUGGAAUAAAUGAAACCUUGAGUGCUGAAAGAGAAAAUGGAAAGCAUGAUAACAGAAAAAAUGAGGACUAUAGGGAGAGUACUACACUGCAAAUUAACACAGUGAAAGAGAUACCCCAUGGAGAUCUAUGCAUCACAGAGAUAUACAGUGAGACUCACCAGGGAGCAGGAGAAAGCAACACAGACUUUUCUGAAACGAAACAAGAGACCACACAAAGCCACAGAAUUACUCCUAAAGUGAUAGGCACCUCCAAAGUGCUCGUGACAGAUGAGGCUGCUUUCAGAGGGAAGACAGAAGAAAGAAGGCCAGGUACUAUGGUUGAGCUGCAGUUGUCCCUCUCAAAUGACAUGCACAAGGGCACCAAUGCUCCUGCUGUGACUCUCUCAGGGGCAGAAAAAUGUGCCCCUUCAGGAAGAGGACCCAGUGUACAACAAGACGGGACUGGCCCUGUAAUCGCAAUUCCCCUGGGUGUGAAAGAGGGCAACAUCCAGUGGUCAAGCAAAGUAGUCCAGUUUUCUAGUGGCAAAGAGGUCAAGAGGAUCCAAGGUGCAGCUCCAUCUCUCCCCAGGGUGGAGGUGAUCCUAGACUGCUCAGACAGGGAGAAGGAAGCACCCAGGUCUCUAGCUGAAAGGGGGUGUGUUGAUUCUCAAGUGGAAGGAGGGCAGUCAGAAGCACCUCCUUCCCUCCUCUCCUUUGCAAUCUCAUCAGAAGGCACAGAGCAGGGAGAAGACGACCAGCACUCGGAAAGGGAUCACAGACCUCUCAAGCACAGGGCAAGGCACGCAAGGCUCCGGCGAAGUGAGAGUCUGUCAGAGAAGCAGGUCAAAGAAGCCAAAUCUAAAUGUAAAAGUAUUGCAUUGCUGCUGACAGCAGCUCCCAAUCCCAAUUCCAAGGGGGUGUUGAUGUUCAAGAAGCGUCGUCAAAGGGCAAGGAAGUAUACUUUAGUUAGCUACGGUACUGGGGAGUUAGAACGUGACGAAGACGAGGGUGAAGAAGGUGAAGGUGAGGAGGGGGACAAAGAAAACACUUUUGAAGUGAGUUUGCUUGCAACAAGUGAGUCAGAAAUAGAUGAAGAUUUCUUCUCUGACAUUGACAACGACGGUAAGAUUGUGACAUUUGACUGGGACAGUGGUCUACUUGAGGUUGAAAAAAAGACAAAAAGUGGAGACGAGAUGCAGACGCUUCCAGAGACCACAGGUAAAGGGGCCCUCAUGUUUGCUAAGAGACGGCAAAGGAUGGAUCAGAUUUCAGCUGAGCAAGAGGAGAUGAAGGCACGCACAGUGCACACGGAGGAACAAAGGGAAGCCACCGUGUCAGAGAACUUCCAGAAAGUAAGCUCUUCAGUCUAUCAAACAAAAGAGGAAGAAAUGUCAAGACAGCAGACCUGUGUGAGCAAAAGCUACACAGACGUGAGCCAGAAUCAUAGCAAAAUUGUACAACAAAAUGGCUUUAGCUUAGCACCAGACACAAGCCUCUCUUUUCAGUCCUCUGAAGCUCAAAAAGCAGCAUCUUUGAAUAAAACAGCUAAACCCUUCCCUUCUGGGGUUCAAAACCGAGCAGCUGCACCAUUUUCACCCAUAAGAAAUGUCACUAGUCCUCUUUCAGAUAUACCAGCACCACCUCCUUACUGCUCUAUUAGCCCACCACCUGAGGUUUUAUACAGACCUGUUUCAGCCCCUGUAGCCAGCAGAGCUGUCCCAACCGUGUGGUCACCCACUGAGCCAACAGAACACAUAGCAUCCAGAGAUGAAAGGAUUGCAGUGCCAGCCAAAAGAACUGGGAUACUGCAAGAGGCAAAGAGAAGAAGCACUUCAAAACCUAUGUUCACUUUCAGAGAAGCACCCAAAGUCAGUCCUAAUCCUGCCCUGUUGUCCCUUGUGCACAAUGCAGAGGGCAAAAAAGGUACUGGAGCUGGUUUUGAGUCAGGACCUGAAGAAGACUACCUCAGUUUGGGAGCAGAAGCUUGCAAUUUCAUGCAGACUCAAGCAUCUAAACAAAAGGCCCCUCCUCCUGUUGCUCCAAAGCCUUCACUCAAGGUCUCUCCUUCUGCUGGUACUGCAGUUUCACCAGUUUGGUCACCUUCAGCUGUGGCUUCUAACAAAGCUCCUUCUUUCCCAGCACCAGCCUCACCUCAGGCAGCAUAUCCGGCACCACUCAAGUCUCCACAGUAUCCUCAUUCUCCUGUCCAUCCCCCAAGUACUCUCAACGUAGCUGGUCCUUUCAAAGGGCCUCAGGCAACCCUAGCGAGUCCAAACCAUACACCCAAGACACCAGUCACACCAAGUGCUGGAGAAACAAAGCCACCCUUUGAGAUGCCACCAGCCAUGAGUGGAAAAGGAGCACAGCUAUUUGCCAGAAGGCACUCUCGAAUGGAGAAGUAUGUGGUAGAUUCAGAGACUGUGCAGGCAAAUAUGGCACGAGCCUCAUCUCCAACUCCAUCUUUACCAGCUUCUUGGAAAUACUCAUCUAAUGUCCGAGCACCUCCACCUGUUGCUUAUAAUCCCAUCCACUGCCCAUCUUAUCCUCCUGCUGCUACCAAGCCUUCCUCUAAGUCCACUGCUGCUACCAAAAAUACAAAAAGAAAACCUAAGAAAGGUCUCAAUGCUUUAGAUAUUAUGAAACAUCAACCAUAUCAACUUGAUGCAUCUUUAUUUACUUUUCAACCUCCUAGUAGUAAGGAAAGCCUUGCUAUUAAGCAGACAUCGAAGCUGUCCACUUCAAAGCAAGCCCUACCUUUAAGACCACCUAGUGCUGGCUCUCCUACUAAUGCCCGGGCAUCUUCAGUGUACUCUGUGCCAGCCUACAGUUCACAACCUUCGUUCCAGUCAAACGCCUCUAUCCCAGUAAAUGAAUCAUAUGCACCUACCGGCUACUCUGCAUUUUCUAAGCCAGAAACCACCACAUCUUUGUUUACUGCUCCGAGGCCAAAAUUUUCAGCAAAGAAAGCUGGCGUCACUGCACAGGAUCCUUUUCCAGAUUCCGUAGCUUUAAGAAUAAAAAACGAUUGGUUCUAAAAAGAUCCACUCUUCCAGUCUUGCCUUUUUAACAAAACAGGAUACAACUUUCUUUGCCUGAAGUCAAAUACCCAGGAUUCCACUGAUCGCUUUGGCGCUUCGGCAUGCAAGUGCAAAUCUUAAUUACACAGCUUGGCGUAAUGUUAUUUUAUAAUGAGUCUACUCAGCUUGAAAUAGAAAUGUUAUACAAAGAAGAAAUUUGACAAGAUCUUCAAAAACCUGUGGAUUCAGAAGCUCUGUAUUACUCCCUGCUGGUAGAUUUCUUGGGAAAAUAUGUGAGCCUGGUAAUUUCCUAGCACACUUGCUGCCACCAUCACAACUUCAUAGUACCCAUGACAGCGACUGUUCUUACUUUAUAGUAAACAUUACCUUUGCAUGUGAUUACAUAAGGGAGGAGUUGGAAUCACUCGAGAGCUAUGUUUGAGAAGUGCUUUUCAAGCUGGUCGCUUACUACAGGAAGCACUUUAGGUUUUUAAUCAAAUGAUGUAAAAAGUAGGAAAAACCUGAAGCUCAGUGAAAUACUAUGUUGGAAGGAUCUCCACAGAAGCAGACCUGAACUCUUCCUUUACAAGCUAAGACUAACCAGAUGAUGAUAUUUCCAUGGUUUUAACAUUUGCUUCCUUGAGUAAGGCAGGCAAAGACUUUUUCUUUAUACAGCACGUGAAUCAAGUCUCCUGUUAUCCUCUGCAGUUUUCAAAGGAAAAAAAUCUAUUCUGUUUGUGAUGAUCUUGACAAACUGUUUUUAAUUUCAGUGCACGUGAAACCUGCACAAACUUACAUGGUGGUAUAUUAACUGCACAUUCCUUUAGGCUGAGGAAACUCAGCUAUGAGAAAAAUAACUUAAUGAAUCAUGCUUAGAGAUUGACUGCUUGAUGAAGGCUUCCUGUGUAAUCAAUGUAACAAUAGGAAGGGUUUUCAAACAAUAAUCCUUGAUUCUUUUGUAUGUCUUUAAGAGAGACAUUUUAAAACAGAGAGUCCCCUCAUAAUUCCAGGUAAUUGAAAGAUAAACUGCCAUGAAAGUAACCGGGUCAUUUCUAAACAGGUGUAAAGACUAAACUGUUCAAUAGAGGGAAUGUUUCUCUUGAUGUUUCCAUCUAUAUUUGAAACACUAGAUUUUAACUAAUUUAAGAAAUACACAGCAAACAGAAGAAAAGGAGGAACAUUACAGAAAUAAAAUACACUCCCAAUCACUGAAAUACAUGUAGGAUUACAAAGGCUGACAUGGAACACAACAGUCACUGAUUUCAGUAUGAGCUUUAACUGAUUGCAAAGCAAAGAAUUCAGUACAUUUAUAUCAGAAGCAAGUUUCCAUACAGUAAUGACCCAUGGACAAAUAUUUUCAAUUUUUUAAAGAAAGUUUUUGCAAAAAAAAUCCAUUUUAAAAGAAAAGGUCAGUAAUUGCUAGUGAUUUUUUCUCUGAUCUGUGAGAAUGCUACUUCUUAUAGUCUCACUGUGCAGGUUGUUGUUGGUACAUGGCUUUAAUAUUGUGAAGAAAAGCAAAGCAUGGGCAUCUGGGUACACUUAGUUUUCUUCCUAUAGUCUUGGUCUGUAACUUAAAAGUGGAACCUAAGCAGGUGACAACAAAACCUCAAAAUCUGUCUGCAGUUUUAUUUUCUUCAGUUAAAUAAACAGUUUUAGAUAUGCACAGGUAUUUCUGCUAGUCCUAGCCACGCUACCUGAAUAUCUUUUAUGAACCGAACUGGGCUGUAAGUUUCUUAGAAAAUCUUUCCACAUACCUCCUUGCUGCUUGUUUGGCUGAUGUCAGAAAGCACAGAGGUGUGACAAAUGAGAAUAAAAAAAUUUGUGAUGGCAUUCCAUUAAAAACUCAGAAGAUUACACAAAAUGAGAGGCAGCAACUUAACUUUUCACAGUGAUGUAAAUCUGCACUUGCGCUGUACUCUGUUGCACAGCUGUGGGCAUUUCAGAUGUACAAAAUGAUAAACUUUUCCCAUCCUAAGAUUACUUUCAGAGAGGCGUUUUGGUAGAGAAACUUUACAGACUUCGUACUGCUACAGGAACAGUGCUGAAGCAAGAACCUGACCCUAUGUAUAUGUAAUUAUGAAAAUGUUAAACACUACUGUUUGGAUUGCAAAAUGAGGCACUUGGAAUUAAUGUUAAUCCAACCAUUCCGAGCAUGUGUGACAAAAACAUCUGUAAUCAUGUCAUCAUCUGCUAUUUUUUUUCUGUAGGACUCCAGACUCAAUUCACAGCACAGAAUGGUACUGCUCACCUGACACAUAGCUCUUCACUGUUUUGUUUUGACAUUGUUCCAUGCUUAGCACCAUUCCUUACUUAAUAAGCACUCUUCGGUGUGUUUUUCAUGCAGAAUUAUUUCCUCAUAGAUUUUUUUUGCUAGUAUUCAAGUCAGUCAGAAGCCACAGUUCAUUUUUACACUAUUGCAUUCUACAAAUGAGUAAAUAAGGCAUGAAGAGACACUGAUAUUAGGGCACUCAGUAGCCUUGGGUGUCCAGUUCAAGACACUUAGCAUCUUCAGAGUCCAGUAGCAUAUGAACUAGUUACUGUAUCAAGGUAUGUGAUCCUUAACAUCAGUCUGUGAGCAUUAACAGAUCACAGGUCUCCAGGUGGAAGCCCAGAAAGGGAAAAGGAAUCCUCAGUGACCAGCUAUAGAAUCCAACCAGUGAAAGCACCUUUUGCACAAUAUACUCCUUUGCUAUAUAAUCCUAGUAUUCCCGAAAUGAAGCCCUGAAACAGCACUGGAUGGGGCAGAAGUCCUGGAAUUUAAUCAAAAUGCAUAUGCAUUGGGCAAUGAUGCUUGCAUUUUAUAGCUUUUGAAUACUUCACCUUCCAACUUCACUAGCAUUGCUUCAAGGUAGCUGUGUGUUUAAGACCCAAGGGCUUUCUAAGAACAACAAACCAAAUCCCAGAAUACUAUCAGAUAGCAUACUGUAACCAACAGGUUCCUCCAGCAUGGCUUGAACCACCAUAGACAACCACUAUCAUGCUGCUACAGGAACUGGCAGCAAAUGCAUGUUGACAUCCUUCCACUAGGAUGUCAACUCCACUAGGAGGAUGACACAGGUUUCCAAUAGGGCUUCACAGUCUUCUGACAGCAGACAAACUGUGGAAGGACAAACUCCAUCCCUCUGGGGAAGAAAUUUCCCCAGAAUUCUGGAGGAAAAUAUACAGUAGUGGGUACAGGUUCUUUUCCCCCUAUGUACCAUGCUUGCCUUGUUUCUUCAUCUUAUUCUUUUCCUGGACUCCUCAUCGUAGCCUCAUUGCGAGCUACACAGGUCAAUUUUCCGUUUCUUAAGCUUCUCAUCCAAGCUCAGGAACCUUGGCCAUCAGGUCCUAGUCUCAUCACUCUCCAACACAGCGCUGAAUACAGAUUUUCCUUCUGUAUCAAGUACUACCAGCUCCUGGGUUUGCUUCGUCCAGUCUCAUCUCUGUCCUUCCCAUGUCUGUUUCUUCUAUCCUGUUGAAAGUCUGCUUCUUGUCCUCCUGUACUCACAUCAGACAUUCUUCCCUUUGAGGCUGCCUGGGCCCAGACAGGAGGUCUUGGGCUCUGUCAAGGGGCAGCCAUGCUCUGCAGUGUAUCUUCGUCCUGAUCAGUGAGCGUGUAGCCUCAGGUCCAGACUCGAUGGUGGGAAGACAUGGGUAUGCACCAUACGCCUGCAUGCACUACUUUUUGGUGAAUGAAAACCCAGCUGUGCAGCCAGUGCAGGAGCUGUGGAACACCCCAGCGACUUCUCCAGCCUGUCGGAGUACACGUAGCCUGUGCUUUAGACAGGCAGAGAAACCACAAGGACAGUCGUCUUGUUCUUCUGUGUGCUGUCCAAAGACAUCACAGCCUGCAGCAGCUUAGACCUGCAAUAAUGAAUAAAAUCCUCCUGCCUAAUGUAGUAUUAUCGCUGCUAACAGAGUUCUCAGGAACUAGCUGUAAAAAGCCAGGUGCUCCUAUUGAGCCUAUAUAAGGCUCAAUAUAGCCUAUAUAAGGCUCUCAACUUGAAUAUACAUAGGCAAGUUUGCAUGGAAAUAUGAGACACUUCAGAUGCAAAAUUAGUCUCAAACCAGUUCUAAAGCAUGUAGUGGUACCACUUUUCAAGGAAAAAGAUACUAGAACUUUUUUGUCAUUGACGUGUAUUUUUCCCUACUCUCACUCUUUGAAAUGGUUGAACUCUAUAGGUUCAUUUGAUUGGAAGGCAUCUGAAAAGGUUGGAUCAUUUGAGAUGAAGUAAAUUAAAAAAACCCAAACAACUAAGACUGAAAAUUUCAAUUUGAAAGAUUUGAUAAGAAAUUUACAAAGGACUGGAAAAUUUAUCUUUUAGUUUGGAUAUGUUCCGCAACAUAACUGCCACCACCUUCAAGUAUUACAAUAUAAUUAAUAUUUAUUUUCUUUGAUUUUAGAAAAAAAUACCAUUAACCUUUACUUUCUAUCAAUUUAAAACCCUUUCAUUGUUCAUACAGAAUCACAAGGUCAGAAACUAGGACCACCUUUCCACUUGUUUUUCAAAUGUUCAUUCACAAGGCUUCAUCUUCUAUGACCUUCCCCUAAGCUGUGUAAUAUAGAAGUCCAGAAGGUGGCAGCAAAUAUUCUUCCUUACAAGAAAUAAACUGUCUAUUCCAAGGAAAGCUAAGAUGCCUAUGGCCUAAAAUGUUUCAGCCAUUUGCUUUUUAUGGGAAUAACAGUAUUGUAUUUUGAUAAUUGUAUAUGGAUAAAGAUUAAAGGUUAAUGGAAAGCACUGAUUUGCUUUCAUUUACACAGGUGCAAACUGAGCUGAGUAACUAAUUUACAACAGGUUAGCAGCACUCAUUUCUUUUUCACGUAGACAAAUUGCAGUAGUGAAGGUCUAAUUCUAAUAUCUUACUUUUCUCUUCUACCAUUACCUGACAACUAAAAAGGACUUUAUUGUCAAGAGUAGAAUUUGUCACAAAGCUUCUGUAAGAUGGUUGACAGUAACUGUUUCAUGAGUUUGUAUACUAAUGAUGAAAACAAGAUUAUUCUCACAUGAAAUAAUACCACAGUUAUAAACAAUGUAAACUUAGAAUAAAUUAGGUUCCAGUCCUAAAAUUCCCUAUAAAUUUCUGAAAGCAGGCCCUGACAAGAGAGCUUGGAGGAAGUUAGGAUCAGACAUGAACUGUGUGAUUCUAAUCUAUUACUGCUCUCAGUGCAGCCACCGACAAGGCUUUAAUUGUUAGACAGGUAAGAUUCCCUGCCUCUCCAGUCAUUAGUAUCCCCAUUAACCAAAAUGGUGCAUUCCAAUUUUAGCCUGCUACAAAUUAUUUCCAGAGUUUCAAAUAAAUAUGAUUUUUCCAUUUUAUUUCAAAAUUUUUGGUAUUCAUAUUGUAAAAUAGCUGUAGCAUUUACUCCAGAGCUGGUAGUAUUUCAGAGAGAAAUUAUUUUUUCAUUACAUAAAGUAUAAAUUGUAAAUGGUUUGGGAUGACAAAAGCUGUAAGAUUAACAAUAUGUCUCCCUCCCAUAAACAAUUCAGUUUAAAAAUCUGAAGUGCUUGGUUUAUGUUUAAAAAAAUGGAAAGAAGGAAAGAAUUAAAAGGCAUAAAAAUCAAGUAUUACUUAUUUUGUCCUACAAUUUUCCCAGUGGUUUGGUCUCUAGAUGCAGUAGCCAUUACAAGCCCAUAGAAAGAAAAAUGAGAAAUGCCUCACUCUGGGCUUUUUAUAAAGACAUUUUUUGAGAUAGUACAAUUGUUUGAUCUACUUCCUACUCCUUUGUCCCCUUUUUGGGUAAACAUUAGCCAGGCCUGUUAACUCAGCCUGUUAACUCAGGUUUGAACAUGCUUUCGUAUGGGAUUAAGGACCAGGACUAUAAUGAACAGAUAAAAAUAAAACUGCCUUAAUGACUUAGACCCCCCCCAGGUAAUUUUUUUUUAAGUGACUUAAUCAGAUGGGAGUCUAUGUUACAGAGAGUUUCAAUGAGACAUGGACUAUUAUGAGGCCAACCUACUUUUGAAAAUAGAACUCUUGACUUUUUUCGAAAAUUUAAUAUCCAACUCCUUAACUGGUGAAAAGGUAGUUUCAGCAUAUAAACAUAUGAACAGUUUUCACUUAUUAAGGAGACAUGCCACCUGAGACAGAAAAACAGUUACUGUGAAAUCAUUUCCCUAACUUGCAUUCCCAUUUGGUCUGUAAAAUGACAAACAUCUUUCUGACUCUUGCCUUUAAAAUGUGCACUAUUUUAUGAAACUAAGUAUUGCUCUUUUUGUCUUUCAGCUUUUCAUAACUAUCAAGAAAUCUGAAAUAGCAGUAAGGUCCAAAUAACCAAUUUUUCUGGACUAUUGAUUUAGAUAUUACUGUAUCAAAGGUAGACAUUCACACUCCUGCAACUUAAACAGAUCUAUACAUGCACACACCUUUUCCAAGUACUGUGUUUACAUUCAUUUACAUAUAUACUGAAAUAGUUUCUUUUGGAAGUAAUAUCACAUUCAUUUUAGUUUAUAUUAAUACACAGCUUAUAAAUAUCAAAGAUGUUUGUGGUACAAUAAAUGUUUGCUUCAUUGACCAGUUUAUAAAUAAUUUGCAUUUUUAAAAUCCAUGUUAACCUAAACCUGAAGUUUAAUCUGUUUGCACAGACACCCGAGCAGUCAGCAGCUGUUGUUAGGAUUCUAUGAUUGCAAUGGACAGCUCUGAACUGCCUUUCCUCUUCUUGACAUCUAAGAAUCCACGUUCCCUUCAAUAACUAUUGUAGAAAAGAUCUUUCCCUCUGAAAAUGUUCACAUGAAGCAAUGGAAAAGAACAAAUUAAUCACUGUACACGGUUCUGGUUUGUUUUGCAGCACAAUAUUUCAAAUGCUGGUGUGGUAUUAUAAUGAAUGUUUUACAACAAGAUUACAGUAAUACAAUAUGUAAUAAUGUAAUAUUUCUGGUAGUAGAUCACUCUCCCUUCUCUCUUGAUUUCUGGGAAGAACGGAAAAUCUCUACACCUAUUUUUAUGAACUUGUAGCUUAAGGGAGACAGAGUAGAAUAAUUAUUCUCUAUUUGCACUUCCUAUUUCCCACUGUCUCACUUAUGAUCUGGGGUUUGUGCAUUCUUUUCAGUACAUGCUUGUCAAAAUAACUAAAUAGGAAGGGACAAUAAUAGAAAGUAUUACUAUGUCUGGCUGCUGCUGUCCAGUAAAUGAAUGAUGAAUUCCAGUUACUAAAUGUUGCCUUAAUUCCGAAGUUUGAGUUUGUUAGUUUGAAGGGGCUGAACUCCAAAGUAGUGAUAGAAAUCAAUAUAUCAAUAUCAAAUACAAGUCUGCUUUGAAUUUAGAAAUGUUCAGACCUAGACUUUCAGCAUAGGAACACCAUUACCAAUAAUAAAAAUUAACUGCCAUGAAAACACAGCAAUAUUGAUCAUCUCUUAGUUCCUGCAUUUCAGAUACACAUAUUUUAGCAAUAUGCGCGAUAAUAUAUAUUCUGAAGCCAAAGAUUAUUCAAUUUCAGAAUAAGGUUGGGGUAGAUAGAAAUAUUCUAUUUUUAACUCAAUAAAUUAUUGCAAAAGUAUGUCACUAUGCAAUGUACAAAAACUUGCUGUGCAGGGUGCUCUUGGAUUGCUAUUAUUACAACAGAUACUACCAUAACAAUCUUAGCAGUCAGUAGGCUUAGAGACUAAAUUCCUCCUCAAGGUAAAUAGUGAGGCAUUAUGGCAUACUGUACAUAACUGAUGCAUUUGCUAUAUUUCUUCCAUGGAUGAUGAAAGAAAUUAAAUAUUUUUCUGUGAAACAGAUAUGAAAAUUAAAAAAGUAUUCCCCUGAAUCCAAAGGGUUAUAACUGCUUCAAGCUGCAGCCACUUUACAAAACCUAGUAGAAUUGUUUCAGGUCAAAACUGAUACUUAAUUUCCCUAGAUUUAUUAAAAAUAAAAGUAAUAUAAAAUUUUGUUUCAUUCUCUCUGAGCUUAUGGGAAUGUAGAUGAUGAUGACAACUACUAUUCAUUUUAGGAAGAUUGUAAUUCAAAGUAACUAAGGCUCACUUUAGCCAAAUAAUAUUUUCACCUUCUUGGAUCUUCUGAGUCUUCAAACCCUUUUCUGCCCACCUUCAGCAUAGUUAUGACUUUUUCUCUUUAGGAAAUAUAAAUAAUUCAGCCAGCUCCUUCCAUCAAUAGCCUCUUCCUCUCCAUCAAAAGUCAGACAGCCAGACACAACAUUGUAACUGGAAAUCAGUAAGUGGGGCUCUGUCUUAACUUUUUCCUCAAAUUCCUUCAGACCAUUAUGGAAUAGACAAAGUAUUUCAGCCUUUUUCCAGGUAAAUCAUCUGGAACACUCACAGAUUUUGUUCUCUUACAAUCCCAAAAGAUAACUCUUAGUUAAAAACACAUACUGUUCUGCCCUUCCUUCAUGGAAGGGGAGAUUAAUCCUUAAUUUACCAAAUCUAGAGGAAAUAAAUAAGCAAUUUCACAUUUUAGAAUUUUAAAGUUAAAAACCAGCCUAUCAUCAGAACUGUAUCUAAAUACAAGCUACCAAGUGGGAAAGGAGAAGAAUUUGACUGGUCCAGGAAUAUCAAAACAGGACCAAGUACGCUAAAGAACUGGCUACAGAUGAGAAUCAUCCAGCUGACAAUACCAUAGUUCGAACGUUUGAUCUUGCGGCAGGAACUUUGGUGCCAAGAUUUGGAUGUGGGUUCAACAAUCAUGCAGAAGGAAGUAAUCAUUGAUUAUCCUCAGUGAUACAGAUGUUACUGCAUCUGUUCACUGUACCCAAUGUAUCUAGUCUCCAAACAAGAUACAAGGAGAAUAUCUAUCAACUUUUAAGGAAAUAUUUUUUCCAGAUAAAUUGGCACAAU